AUGGCCACCGCUACCUCCACCUGGCUGACUCCUCCUACGCGUACAGAGCUCAUUGAGAAUUUGGUCUCGGGUGUAGACCGGUACAACCCAUCCAACGUCGGCAUCCUCGAAGACUAUCUUUAUCACCAAAUCCGAAGUCAAGAGUACGACUGUCUUGCCAACCUAGCCAUCCUGAAACUCUACCAGUUCAACCCAGACUUGUACAACCCGGAUGUAGUCGUCAAUAUCCUGUUGAAAGCCCUCACCGCUGCUCCCUUCCCCGAUUUCAAUCUAUGCAUAUCUCUCAUAGAUGAUCGCCCAGUAAAUGCCAACCCAGACGAGCCUGAUCCCCUCCCUCAACUUCUCCCACUGCUCACCAACCUUCAUAACCUGAUUCACCAAUGUCGCUUCCCUGCCUUCUGGACUCUCUACCGAUCUGAUUCAUUGGAGUCCAUCCGUGAAAACUACACAGUCGAGUGCAUCGGCUUUGAGGACUCUAUCCGGGAAGUUGUUGCCCGCGCUGUCCGAGCAACCUUCACUCGGAUAGGCAAGGAGAGGCUGGGAUCUUACGUCGAUCUUCAGGGCGAGGAACUGGAGCAGUUUGCAGCACGACAAGGCUGGACAUCGGACUCCUCUAACUUUGUCAUUCCGUCGAAUCCAGACAACCAGAUAGAAGCGAUUGUCGUACAGGAAAGCAUUAAGCUGCCUCAACUCUCAAAAGUCAUUGCACACAGCACAAAGACCCAAUGA